GCAAAAAUUCCUCACCACCACUCUUCAUCCUUCUGCAGUUCUACUUCAUCUAAAUACUAUAAGCUUUCUAUACAUCCUUUACUCUUUUUCUUUCCAGUAACAAUGUUAAACCCAAAUGCCGAACCAUAUCAGUACCAAAAGAUGAGGCCACACCUGCACCUCAUGUCUCCUGCAGCUUACAACUAUCUGAAAGCACUAAAAAGUCCUCCUUCUCUGCAACUCUCUAAUACCCUUUAUCCCAAACCUUCACUCCCUACAACUCCUCAACUCGGUAAUCCCUUUUAUCAGAAACCGUUACUUUACUACUCUCUCUUGCCAUUCUCUAGACCACCACCACCACCUCCACAUCAUGAUCACCAUCAUUAACAACCACUUCCUGUUCCUGCUAAAAGACUAGAGUGUAAGACCACUACAACUAGUAGUACUAGUGUAAUGAUGAAAAAUAUCCCCACGUCAAUAAGCAGGAGUAUGCUAAUGGAUAUUGUGGAUCAACACUGCAUAGAGGAGAACAAAAAAGCCAUAACAAUGUCAAAUCAUGAUGAUCACCAGGAUGCUAUUCUCUCUGAAUAUGACUUCCUUUACUUGCCUAUGGAUUUCGUGAGGAGGGCCAACUUAGGUUAUGCUUUUGUCAAUUUCACAACUUCUGUUGCUGCCAUGAGAUUUUACAAUUCUUUAACAACUUAAGUUGGAAGAACUCAAAAUCUAUAAAUAUUAAAAUGU